UGGACUGAAGUCGCUGAACAUUUGUCCUGGAAAAGCAUUCCACUGCUGGUCAGGCAAGCAUACAGCGGUGUAUUUUCUCAUCAAAAACUUAUUUAAAGAUCUUUUCACAACAUUACAGAGUAUUUUUAGUUUUCUUAGGCAAGUUUUAGUUGACCGUCUUUUCAUUUUAAUGAGAACACAACAGGAUCGCAAGCAUAACAUUCGUUGCGUCACCGGGAGUCAAAACACAAACGUCGGCCAUGGCAGAGGAGCAGGAGGUGAUAAAGCUAGAGCUCCUGUGUAAGCAACUUCAUGAAGCAACAAAUGGAGUUCUGCGGCAGGAGGCAGAGAAGGCCCUGGUGGAGUUCCAAAGUGGUGCUGGGGGAAGUGACACACUUGCUCAGUGUCAGAUGUUACUUGAGAGAGCGCACUCGUCUUAUUCACAGUACCUUGCUACCACAACACUUACUAAGAUGGUCUCCAGGAACCCUUGUACACUCACACUCCAGCAAAGAAUACACAUAAGAAACUAUGUCUUGAACUACCUGGGAACACACCCCAAGCUUGUGCACUACGUCAACCAAGGUCUCGUGGAACUGUUUGCCCGCAUUACCAAACUAGGCUGGUACGACUCGGUUGAUAAAGAUAAAUGGGCCUUCAGAGAUGUGCUUGUGGAUGUUUCACAAUUUCUCAAGGGUCCAAUAGAACAUCGCAUCACAGGCAUCGAACUGCUGACGCAGCUCACGGCAGAGAUGAACCAAAUCAGCGACUCUGACGCUAACAAAUCUCUGACAAAACACCGCAAGAUCGCCUCGUCUUACAGAGACCAGCAUCUGCUCAUCAUAUUUCAGCUGGCAUGCACUCAGCUCCGCUCUGAAACUUAUGAAUCUUAUGAUUUUAGUGAAGAAAACAAACAGAGAUUGAUAUUGCAGCUGCUACAGCUAGCAUUAAAUUGUUUAACGUUUGACUUCAUUGGCACGUCGAUUGAUGACAGCGGAGAAGAUUUUUGUACAGUGCAAAUCCCUACGUCGUGGCGGCAAGCUUUCCUUAACCUCUCGACAGUGCAGCUUUUCUUUGAUAUGUACGCCAAACUGCCGUCGUCCCUAGCCUCUAGGUGUAUAUCAGUGCUGGUUCAAAUAGCUUCGUUGAGACGCACCUUCUUCAGUAAUGACGAGAGGAUCAAGUUCCUGAGCUGCCUUGUCGUGGGCGUCAAGAGCAUCCUGCUCAACCCUCAGAGUUUGAGCGACCCUACAAACUACCACGAGUUUUGCCGUCUGUUGUUGCGGCUGAAGAGCAAUUAUCAGCUGGGUGAGCUGGUGAUGGUUGCUGAGUACGCUGCCACUGUUGAACUUAUCGCCAAAUUCACCGUGGACUCGCUGAGUACCUGGCAGUUCGCUCCCAACAGCGUGCACUAUCUGCUGUCCUUGUGGCAGCGGAUGGUCGGGUCUGUGCCAUACAUGAAAGUGAGCGAGCCCCAUCUGCUGGACCGCUACACGCCGGAGGUGUUCCGUGCCUACGUCGUGUCGCGUCUCGAGAGCGUCAGUGUGGUGCUACGGGAUGGCUGUGAUGACCCACUGGAGGACCUCACUGUGGUCAACCAGCAGCUCGAUCAGCUGUCAACGAUCGGUCGGUGCGAGUACGCGAAGACAUGUGCGAUGUUAGUGCAGCUGUUCGAGCAGACAGCGAGCCGCUACCAGGAGCUCAUCAGCGUCAAGCACAACAACGGCGUCAACAACUCUCAGCCUCACUCACACGCUCUGCAGCAGAUCACUGUCUUGGAGGGUCAGCUGACGUGGCUCGUGUACAUGAUCGGCUCGGUGUUGGGCGGGAGAAUCUCCUUCAACACGAGCGAGGAGCACGAUGCUAUGGACGGAGAACUGGUUUGCAGGGUUCUACAGCUGAUGAACUUGACAGACUCCUGCCUGAUGCAAGGGGAUGGCUGCGAGCGGCUCGAAAUAGCAACAAUAUCUUUCUUCGAUCAGUUCCGCAAGAUCUAUGUUGGUGAUCAGGUGCACAAGUUCUCAAAGUUCUACAGGAGACUCAGCGAGAUCCUGGGUCUCAAUGAUGAGACCAUGGUUCUUGCUGUAUUUGUAAGAAAAAUAAUAAUCAACUUAAAGUAUUGGGGGCACUCAGAGCUUCUCCUCAACCGCACCCUGACUCUGUUGUCUGAGCUCUCAAUUGGCUACAACAGCGUCCGAAAACUUGUUAAACUCGAGGAAAUGCAGUUCAUGCUCAACAACCACACUAGUGAGCACUUCUCAUUCCUGGGGAAGAGCGUGAGCGUGAAGGAGAUGAGGAGCCGUACGCUCUUCUACUCGUCCAUGGGCCGCCUGCUCAUGCUCGAGCUCGGCGAAGAUGAGGACAAAUUCAUUCAGUUCAUGGCGCCACUCACGUCAUCCUUCGACCACUUGGGAGGGCUGCUAACCCAGGCAGAAUCUCCAAUGUUUCAAGCAGAAGACGCCAAGAAAUGCCUCAUAGGCCUGGCCAGGGACAUACGAGGGCUUGCCAACGCCUUCACAACCAAGACGUCCUACAUGCUGCUAUUCGACUGGAUUUACCCCACAUACUCGGGUAUUUUCAUCCGCGGUCUGGAGAUAUGGAGCCACGACCCUGAAGUCACAACACCAGUCUUGAAACUGUUUGCUGAGCUCGUACAAAACAAGAGCCAGAGACUUGUUUUUGACGUGGCUUCCCCUAACGGCAUCUUGCUCUUCAGAGAAGCUAGCAAAGUCAUAGUGACUUACGGGAGCAGGAUCCUGACUCGCACCAACUCCAUCCCCAAGGAGCAGGUGUACGCGUUGCGGCUGAAGGGCAUCAGCGUGUGCUUCUCAAUGCUCAAGUCUGCCUUGUGUGGCAACUACGUCAACUUUGGAGUCUUUAGGCUCUAUGGCGACGAGGCUCUCGACUCUGCCUUACAUACCUUCAUUAAACUGCUGCUCUCCAUACCUCAGGAAGACCUCAUGGUUUACCCUAAGCUGUCGCAGACAUACUACGUUCUCCUGGAAUGUCUUGCUCAAGAUCACAUGAACUUCCUCGCUACCCUCGAGCCCAACGUAUUCCUGUACAUCCUCUCAUCCAUAUCUGAGGGACUCACUGCCAUCGACACCUCGGUGUGCAGUGGCUGCUGCGCCACGCUCGACUACCUCGUCACUCACCUCUUCAAACAGCUCAACAAUAAAGGAGGCAAGAAAGUUGUGGGGGUUGAUGUGGAGAACGACGCACUGGUGCGCGUGAUGAAGCAUCAGCCGCAGAUAUUCCAUCAGAUGCUGGGAACGGUACUGAACAUAAUCAUGUUUGAGGACUGCCGUAACCAAUGGAGCAUGUCGCGCCCUCUGCUGCCUCUCAUACUCCUCAAUAAUGAGUACUUUGGUCAGCUUCGUCAGCAAAUAAUAAGUCAGCAGGCAGCAGACAAGCAGAGCGUCAUGGCUCAGUGGUUUGAUAAUUUAAUGGACGGCAUCCAGCCUAACCUGCUCACCAAGAACAGGGACAAGUUCACGCAGAAUCUUUCUGUGUUUCGACGAGACAUAAACGACUCGCUAAAAGACGCCGUGUCAGGCUUGGCAACGAACAACAGUGAGAUGAUGACUACGUGACACCAAUGCCAUCAUCAAACCCGUCAUCACCACCACCAUCACCUGCAUUGUGGGAAGUUCGCUCCUUGUUUUCUUCGCUGGUCACUUAGAAUACUCUACGGAGGGUCCACUUGUACUUGUUUUGUACUUGUUUACUCGAAUUUAUACUAGAAUUUGCUUCAGAGCUUUCGUUUGGAGGAGACUGCGUACGAAUUUCACAUUUUUUAUGCAAUUUAUUUGCAUGAAAUCUGAGCUGCAUUUGAUUUUAUCUUGUGUGCUCUUGAUUAUUUUCACGACGUGUGACGCUCGUCUAUUGAUUAACUCGAAGACAAUUCCCCUUCAAAAGUAGUUUCGUUUUCACAUGAUUAAAGUGCUCUCAAUUCGACCUAGGAGCUUCCUUGAUUUUUCUCAUCAGUGCUCGUGGUCUGCUAUUAGUUUUUUUUUUUCUUUCAUAAGAUAUUAUUUUGAAGAAUUGAUUGUUAGCUGGUGUAUGAUGUAAUUUGUGUUAGGGAGGACGCGAAAAUUCUUUGGUUAUAUUUUUUCAGUACCCAGAUGAUUUUCAUAUUAAGGCUUAGUUUUCGUACUACGUAUGUUCAAGACUUUCCAUGAUGUUAGGUAAUUUGUUGAUGAUGGUUGGUAGCUAGACUAUUCUGUAUACAAACUCGAUUGUAAAUUAGAAAUUUGAGUCAUUUGUACCUAGUCGCUCAUGUGUUGAUCUCUUGUU